AUGGGUCCUACCAGACUGGAAAGAGCUAAUGUAGACAAGCAUCAAGAGUAUGCUGAGUACAUGAGAACAAGACUUACAGAAGAGGCUUCUGUUUCUAAUCCGGUUAAACCAAUAACAACCGCAAACAGUGGGAACUCACAGAUUAUGAGUGGGGCUACAAGACAAAGUUCCACAGAGGUGUCGAGCGCGGGAACAAGCUCAUCAGAUGCUCAAGGGAAUAUUGACAAUUUACAGACGACGAUUGCAAGUGUAAAUGCGCUUGCGGCGAAACUUAACUCCAACGAUGGAUUGCAGAACACAACUGGAGGACUGCUAAAGGAGGUAGUAGACAGGUUGUGUAAAGUUCAUUCUCACAUGCUAGAGGUGGAAAAAAGUAGAUUGAAGAACAUGCAAACUCCAGAGCAAAGAGGAUCCGGACCAAGUCAAGAAGUUUCUAAUAGCAGUAACUUGGUACCGAAAAUUCAGAGACAGUACAAGUUGACGUCCAAGUCCAAUUAUGAAGUAUGGAUUGACUGUCUGAACACAGAGCUGACAAGUUGGGGGUUGCUUGAUCUGAUUGAUCCAAACCAAUCAGUGCUGACUGGACUAUCAGAGUUGGAGAUUAAGCUGAGGAAGAACUCAGUGAAAGAUAUCAUCAUAAAUCAUAUAGACGAAGAAUAUCAUAAGAGGAUCCUGGGCUUGACAGAACCUUUAGAUAUCUUGAAGAAAUUAAGAGACUGUAGAAAAGGAGAAGUCAGCUCAACACCAACCUCUAUUAGGACUCAACUGUACAAUCUGAGAAUGAAUAAAGAUGAACGUGUACACAAGUUCUGUGAGAGAUUUGAUCAGAUUAUCAUAGAACAUGAGAUGAGUGACGACCCCAAUAAACUAACUGACCAAGAGAAGCGCUCAACAUUUUAUCAAGCCAUUAUAGGAGCCAUGCCUGAAGUCAGGCGUACGGAUUCUGCUGUCAUCUCAACCACUGGUAAAGAGAUGGACAUGGAGGCAUUGAGAAAGACUAUGUAUCGUAUACAAGAAGACAACGAUGCAAGUAAAGGAAGAGGCGUUGAUAAAAGUGUUGCAGCGUCAAGAGUACGAGUACAAAAAAGUAAAAACAACGGUGACAAGUGCUUCAGAUGCAACCGAACAGGACAUUGGCAAGACAAGUGUCCAUUAAAUGGGACAAAUAAGUGGGCUUGCUAUGUAUGUAACUGCAUUACUGAUCAUAAGAGUGAAGAUUGCCCAGGUUCUUACAAGAGACGCUUUGGAGACAACAGCAACUAUGAACCUCCAGUUAAAAGAAACAAGUUGAACCCACGUCAACAAACACGAGGAAGCAACUCUAGAAGCAGAGGCAGCAACUUCAGAGGUAAUCCUAGAGGAAACAUUAGAGGAGCGUCUAAUGGAAACUUCAGAGGUCGAGGAAGAUCAAGAGGAGCGGGAAGACAACUGACAGCGAGGAGAGCUGAGUAUGAGGAAGAGGCAGUGAGCCAUGAAGAUGGUAACGAAGUUUACGAAGAAUAUGGCGAGCCAGAAGCAGACUCAGGAGCUACGAGUCACAUUGUUCGUAAAAGUUUUAUUUUAAGCAAUUUCAAGAAAUCUGCAAAAGGUGUGAUUAAGAGCGCGAACAAAAAUGAAAUCGCUGAUAUUGUAAUAGAUGCAAAAGACAUUUCAGAGAACUUGUUGUCUUUACGUAAGUUGGCAGAUGCAGGAUUUUGCAUAUAUCUAGAUGACAAAACAUUCAGAGUGUAUGAUAGAGAAAAUAAUAAGACCCUAUUUAAAGGGGUUUAUGAACGGCCAAACUGGGUUGUUAGAUUCGAGGUGGUUAAACCUAGGUGCGCUGAAAACAAUCUGAUGAGUGAGCUUGAAAAGUACAGUUGUACAGCGUGCCUAACAGCUGACAAUGAGGUUUCCAAACAAUCGCAAACCGGUCAGGACAAUGAGUUGUCCAGGUCGGAGGGAGUCAAUUCAGAGUCCAAUGAUGCAUCUAUGACAGAUGUUGGGUCUGCGAUUGGGAGGGAGAGUCUGGAGUACCUCAUUGUCUUAGAUGAUUCAGAGAAAGCAAAUUCAGAGAAGUUAAAAUUGGAUGAACAAAAUUCAGAGGGUCAAACCAACCAAACACCGUACAAGACAGUUAAAAUUGAUGACUUAAAGAGUAUAGAGGGCUUAGAAGAUAUAAUAAACGAAAAUCCAUCAGAAAAUCCAAUCUCAACUAACAUUCUGAGUGAAGCGAUGCUAUGGCAUCAGAGGCUAGGGCAUGCUUCGUUAAACUACUUGAAAAUGAUACAAAAGAAAGAUAAGAGAUUGGAACACGUGAAAUAUGCAAACAUAUACUGUCUAAAAUCCAAAGAUGAAUCUGGUCAAGCGUUUGAAAAAUUUCUGAGCUCUGCUCGAAAUUUAUUAGGUACUAACGCGAAAGUGUGCUAUGUUAGAUCAGAUAGAGGUACAGAGUUUACAGGAGGAAAAUUUGCAGAAAUAAUGAAGAAGGAAAAGAUUGAGUCAAAUAGUGGUCCACCAUAUACUCCUGAACUUAAUGGCACAGCUGAGAGAUUCAAUAAAACUAUUCAGAGAACGAUAAGAGCGUAUCUGUGUGAUUCAGGUCUACCACAAAGCAUGUGGGAGUUCGCUGCAAAUACAGCUAUCCACACUUAUAAUAGAACGCCACAUAAGUCAAUUAAUUAUGAAGUUCCAUUAGUUAAAAUUUCACCAAACAUAAACUGUCACUUAGAGAAAAUAAAAAGAUUUGGGUGUAUAGCGUUUGUUAAAUUACCUUUCGUGGAGACAAAGUUUAGCAAUGUAUCAAUCAAAACCGUAUUAGUAGAACAUACACCUACAGGCUACAUUUUAUGGCACCCGAGCACAAGAAAGUUUUUAGAAUCGAGACACGUAAGAUUCAUUGAGAGAUUAGUGUACAAAGAUGUAUACUUGAAAAACUUGCAGAAAGACUCAAGUGGAGAGAGUAAACUAGACAAGAUUGCUGAAUUUACUGUGAGUGAUGAAACGAUGGAAGUAGAAAAUUUAGAGGUAAAAACAAUUGAGCCUAAAAAGAGAGGAAGGCCAAAGAAAUCAAACCCAGAUGUCAAUAACAAAGUUUCAGAGAAACAAAACAAAAAGAAAAUUUCGGACUUACCAACAAACAAUAUUGAUGGUCCAGUUACGAGAAGCAAAGCCAAGAAAAUUGAAGACAUAAGCUUUGCUCGUCACACGAGAAUUUCAGAGGACAAAGAGAUAAAUGAGGAUGUACUUGGGCACAUUUUAUUAGCCUCAAUUCAAAAAGAUCCAAUUAACUUCGAAGAAGCAAUGAACUCAGGAGAUGGAAAGUUAUGGAAACAUGCUAUUAAAAGAAGAAAAGUUGAAUGUAAUGGAUCAAUUAAAUAUAAGGCGCGACUUGUCUCAAGAGGAUUUAAAGACAAAAAUGUGUAUGAGCUCAAAGAAACGUAUGCUCCGGUAUCAAGGUUGUCUUUGAUUCGAGCUGUAUUAUCCAUAAUCAAUAAAGAAGACUUAGAAGCAUGUCAAAUGGAUGUUAAAACAGCGUUUCUAAAUGGGGAACUGGAAGAAGAAGUAUACAUGGAAAUACCAAAGGGUUUAGAGGUACCAGAGAAUAGUCUACAUGAGAAAUUUUCAGACGAGGCAAAGAAACUUGGCCUAGAGAAUGAUCUUCAUGAGCCUUGUCUAUUCAGUUGGAGGCUGGAAGGAAAAUUAGCUAUAGUAGUAUUGUACGUAGACGAUAUGCUGAUAGCUAGUAAUGAUUCAGAAAAACUUGACCAAAUAAAAACACACCUGGCGCGUGCAUUCCAGAUGAAAGAUUUGGGGGAACCCAAACAAUUUUUAGGCAUGACAAUACAGAGAUAG